CAACCCAAAAAUAAAGGCCCCAAUAUAGGCCAAUAAUAAUACCAUUCCACCACUCUCUCUUCUUCAUUUAUUUGCAAAUAAUACCAUCGGAUCGGAUCUGAAACAAAUCAACAAUGGGAUCGCUUCCUCCGUCACUAGACCUCCCAUCGCCGCCGCCCAAAAAUCCCCAACAUGAGCGAGUUUCCGAAACUACCCUUUUCAACCUCUUCAAAGCCCAACAAGGCCACCUCAAUUACUUCUUCCAGAACCUCGAUUUGUCCCAAGCAUUGUCUUUCACUGAAACCCUCCUUAAUUCUCGGGGCACCAUUUUCUUCUCUGGUGUCGGAAAAUCCGGAUUCGUCGCCAACAAGAUCUCCCAGACCUUAGUUUCUCUCGGCAUCCGCUCCGCUUUCCUCUCCCCUCUCGACGCCCUCCACGGCGACAUUGGCGCGCUCUCCGCCGCCGACAUCCUCGUCCUCUUUUCGAAAUCCGGCUCCACUGAAGAACUCCUACGUCUCAUCCCCUGUGCUAGAGCCAAGGGGGUUUAUCUCAUUUCGGUCACCUCCGUCCCCAAAAAUGCCUUGGCAAACGCUUGCGAUAUGAACGUGCAUCUUCCGUUGGAGAGGGAAUUGUGUCCGUUUGAUUUGGCGCCGGUUACUUCGACAGCGAUCCAGAUGGUUUUCGGAGAUACGGUGGCAAUAGCGCUUAUGGGAGCUAGGAACUUGACUAAGGAUCAAUAUGCGGCCAAUCAUCCUGCUGGUCGGAUUGGGAAAAGCCUUAUUUUUAAGGUAAAAGAUGUAAUGAAGAAGCAAGAUGAGCUUCCAGUUUGCAAGGAAGGAGAUUUGAUAAUGGAUCAGCUGGUGGAGCUUACUAGGAAAGGAUGUGGGUGCUUGCUGGUUAUAGAUGAGGAAUAUCACUUGCUUGGCACAUUUACAGAUGGUGAUUUGCGGCGUACGCUUAAGGCUAGCGGAGAAGCCAUAUUCAAGCUCACAGUCGGUGAAAUGUGCAACAGGAAACCAAGAACCAUUGGUCCGGAUGCGAUGGCAGUGGAAGCCAUGCAAAAGAUGGAAUCACCACCAUCUGCUGUACAAUUUCUGCCUGUAAUUGAUCGUCAAAAUACCUUGAUCGGUAUUGUCACAUUGCAUGGAUUAGUUUCAGCUGGUCUUUGAAAUAUACGGUCUUGUAUGGUUUUGAAUGUUGAUACCCUGACAUAAUUCUUUUGUAAGUUUGGAGUAGAAUUUAAAUUCAACCUGAUGAUAGCUUCUUAUGUAUACAAGAUAUUUGAAUAUUAUUUAUCAAUUCAUUAAUUCAAUGUGAUUUAUUUAUUUUGGACGUCAAA